AUGGCGACGAAGCCCUCAAGCCUCCCCGGCGCUCGGUCACCGCGCCUAACUGGGCGCGGGCAGAGUCGCCGCCGCCUAGCGCCAGGCCGCCUCCGAACAGGAAGCCGUGCGCUGGCCGCGGAGGCCCGCCCCCAUGUAGCUACAAGCCCGCCGGCCCCAGCGACUGGGCGGGGGAGGCGGGGAGGGCGGGGAAGCGGGGCGGCCCCGCAGAGAAGCUGCGCCUCCGCAACCGAUCAGAGGCCACUUCGGCAAGCAGCCGCAGCGUCCAUGUUGACGGCCCAAAGCGGAAGUCGUUAGGCAGAACGGAAGGGGAACCUGCAGGGGGACUUCCGACAGCAACCUGUGCUUUUUCUCCGGCUGUGCGGCCGUGACGCUGGGGGGCGCGUGGGAGUGAGGCGGGGCCGGCGCGCGGGCCGGGAAAGCGGAAGCGGGGGCUGCGCGUCGCCGGAAGCGGGUGUGAGGGAGGAGCCGGCUACGUCACCGCGAACGUCAGUAGUUGCCCCGCCCUUGCGUUCGCCGCCCUCCGGUGCUUAAAAGGCUCCAAUUUACCCUGAGAUACUGCAGCCAGUUCCUCCAAAACAAGAGCAAAAACAGUAACUGCAUUCAUUCAAGAGAUGCUCCGUUCAUGGUAAAGUCGAACAAAGGAACUCACAAUACUGAAUAUUUCAUGCAUGAUUUGUAUCCUCAGUGCAUCACAUCAUAGAAAACACAAUGUCAAUUUUUCCCAUUUUGGUGACAUUAAGUUUGAUCAUUUGGUUCAAGUGAUUUCCACCAGACUUCUACAUUUAUAAAGAGUGAGAGAGCACAAGCAGAGGGAGAAGCAGGCAGAGCGAGA